AUGAUCAGAUCAACACAAAUAGCCCGCUUGGGCGAUGGCUUGAUGCUAUGCGCCUCCGUCGACGAUGAACAAGUAUGCGAUACGAUUGAGUCGAGUCCAGUCCGACCAGAGCGGUCCGAAGUCAAGUCCCAGAUCAAGCUGAUCCUGCGGCGACUGAACCGCAAUGCCGAGCAACAAGCCAGCAUCGAGAGCGGCAACUUCACACUACACUACCUAAUCGCCAACGACAUAGUCUACCUCUGCAUCUGCGAGCGCUCCUACCCGCGCAAGCUGGCCUUCACCUACCUCUCGGACCUUUCCACCGAGUUCGCCAACUCGUACUCGCAAGCGCAGCUCAGCAGCCCAACACUACGACCAUACGCCUUCAUGGAGUUCGACACCUUCAUCAACCGCACCAAGGCGACGUACGCCGACGCGCGCGCCACCCAGAACCUCGACAAGCUCAACGACGAGCUGCGCGACGUGACCAAGGUCAUGACCAAGAACAUCGAGGAUUUGCUGUACCGGGGCGAUAGUCUGGACCGCAUGGGCGAGAUGAGCUCGCGGCUGCGCGACGAUAGUCGCAAGUACCGCAAGGCGGCUGUCAAGAUCAACUGGGAUUUGCUGGUUAAGCAGUAUGCGCCCAUCGGGGUGUUUGUGCUGAUUGUGCUGGUGUUCUUUUGGUGGCGGUUCUUGUGA